CUGAUUAGUCCGUUCCGGACGCCGGCCCCGCCCAAGUCCCGGAGGCCCAGGGAGAAGCCGGGCGGAGUUUCGACAAGACCGAGCUGGGCGCGCGGGGUGGCGGCGGCGCAGCACUUGAGAAGCUGAGGCAGGAGUUUGUGAGUUCUAGACCAGCCUGGACUACAGCGUGAGAGCCUUUCUCUGAGAAAUGGAAAGCAAAGUGCCAGUGCUUUAUCCUCCCUUCUGUGUGCCAGUGGGCGUGGUCAGAGCAGGAUGCAUCGGGGCCUCAUCUGGAAUGAGGGUUGAAUGAGGUCACAGAGCAGGUCUCCCGACCAAGUCCCCACUUCUGGCUGCUCAUGCCACUGGGACUGGGGCGAAGGAAAAAAGCACCACCUCUGGUGGAAAAUGAGGAGGCGGAGCCAAGCCGGAGUGGGCUGGGCGUUGGGGAGCCCGGGCCCCUGGGUGGAAGUGGAGCAGCGGAAUCCCAGGUGGGCUUGCCCCCACCUCCUGCUGCCCUUCGGCCUCGCCUCGUGUUCCAUACCCAGCUGGCCCACGGCAGCCCCACAGGCCGCAUCGAAGGCUUCACUAAUGUCAAGGAGCUGUACGGCAAGAUCGCUGAGGCCUUCCGACUACCAGCUGCUGAGGUGAUGUUCUGCACCCUCAACACCCAUAAAGUGGAUAUGGACAAGCUCCUGGGGGGCCAGAUCGGGCUGGAGGACUUCAUCUUUGCCCAUGUCAAGGGGCAGCGCAAAGAGGUGGAAGUGUUCAAGUCUGAGGAGGCUCUGGGGCUCACCAUCACCGACAACGGGGCUGGCUAUGCCUUCAUUAAGCGCAUCAAGGAAGGCAGUGUGAUUGACCACAUCCAGCUCAUCAGCGUGGGGGACAUGAUUGAAGCCAUCAACGGGCAGAGCCUACUGGGCUGUCGGCAUUAUGAGGUUGCCAGGCUUCUCAAGGAGCUGCCCCGAGGCCGCACCUUCACUCUCAAACUCACAGAGCCUCGGAAGGCCUUUGAUAUGAUCAGCCAGCGUUCAGCAGGUGGCCACCCUGGCUCCGGCCCACAGCUGGGCACUGGCCGAGGGACCCUCCGGCUCCGAUCCCGGGGCCCUGCCACAGUGGAGGAUCUGCCAUCGGCUUUUGAGGAAAAGGCCAUUGAAAAGGUGGAUGACUUGCUAGAGAGCUACAUGGGGAUCAGAGACACGGAGCUGGCUGCCACCAUGGUGGAGCUGGGAAAAGACAAAAGGAACCCAGAUGAACUGGCAGAAGCUCUGGAUGAACGGCUCGGUGACUUUGCAUUCCCAGAUGAAUUCGUCUUUGAUGUCUGGGGAGCCAUCGGGGAUGCCAAGGUUGGCCGCUACUAAGACUGGAACUGAACCUGGACCUUGAGAUAAUCUGGCUUGCCCUGGCUGGGGUUUCCAGAAGGGGUGCCACAGCCAAGACCUGGGCAUACAGCCUAGGCUCCUAACUCAGCAGCCUGGGAAUGGCAUGGGGUGCAAGUGCCCUGUGGUCCUGGCCCCACUCCAAUUAGUACCACCACGGUGCCCAGCCUGGUUGGGGUCCCCAGCCAACCCCUGUUGGUUCCCCACCUACCUCAAUAGAGUAAGUGCAUGGGGAGGGACCAACACCCUGGGCAGUCACCUCUGUCCCCAACAUUUUUCCACCAUCAGCUGGCAACUGCCCCUUCUGUCCCCCUGGGCCUCGGUACUCUUCGGGGCCAUGACCUCCCUACUUUACUUUUUUUGCUUUGUUUUGGUUUUUUUGUUUUUUUCAAGACAGAGUCACUAUGUAGCUCUGGCUGUUCUGGAACUCAUUCUGUAGACCAGGCUGGCCGUGAACUCACAGAGAUCCACCUGCAUCUGUGUUCACAGUGCUGGGAUUAAAGGCGUGCGUCAGCACUCCCGCUCUCACUGCUUUCUUAACACCAGAAAUGCAGAAUGGCAAUAAUGCCUUCCCUUGGGCAUCUCCCGCCUGAGAGGAGACCCCUUGGUCAAGUUCCGUCACCUCCCCUUUGAGUGGACACUGCUGUGAACCCUGGUUUCUUGUCUUCUUUAGACAAUGAGGAGGGAGGCAGUGGGCUUUUGUAACCACACACACUCCCUUGGAUAUAGAGAUUUUACUCUGGGAGUUAUUUGGCUCUGGGGCAGGAGGGGUGGCCAGGGAGAGAAUGCAGCAGCUGAAAUCUA